AUGAUCCGAUAUUUACUUCUUCAAAAUAAGCAGGGAAAGACAAGACUUUCCAAAUGGUAUAUUCCUGUGGAGUUUGAGGAGCAGUCUCGUCUUGAGAUGGAAAUCCACAAGUUGGUGUCGGCGCGCGAUUCUCGUAUGACUAACUUCAUUGAGUUCAGCACGUACAAGCUGAUUACAAGACGUUAUGCGGGCCUGUUCUUCACUGUGGCUGUGGAUAUCAAUGACAAUGAGCUGCUUACUUUGGAGACUAUUCACUUCCUGGUAGAGACUCUGGAUAUGUACUUCAAGAACGUUCGUGAGGUUGAUAUCAUUAACAACUUCUACAAGGUGUACGAGAUCAUGGAUAACUACAUUGUUGCUGGCGAGGUUAUGGAUGUGAAUAAGGCGGAGAUCAUUACUCGUAUUAGAGAGCUUGAGAAGUUGAACUAGGCGAUUCCUAGAAAGUGCAUUUUGUUGCUU